AUGGACCCAUCGUCUGAAACCUCUAUCCGUGAAAUCCCCGGUUCCUACGGCAUUCCUUUUAUACAACCGAUCAAAGACCGGUUGGAGUACUUUUACGGAACUGGUGGCCCAGAUGAGUUCUUCCGGUCCCGCGUUCAGAAAUACCAAUCCACGGUGUUCCAUACCAACAUGCCACCAGGCCCUUUCAUUAGCAGUAACCCAAAAGUCAUUGUUAUCCUAGACGCCAAAAGUUUUCCUGUAUUGUUUGAUGUUUCCAAAGUCGAGAAGAAAAAUUUGUUUACGGGAACUUAUAUGCCGUCCACUAAACUCACGGGUGGAUACCGCGUACUACCGUACCUUGAUCCAUCCGAACCUAGGCAUGCUCAGCUUAAGAACCUCCUGUUCUUCAUGCUUAAAUCUUCAAGCACCCGAGUCAUUCCUCAGUUCCAAACAACUUACACGGAACUCUUUCUAGUUCUUGAAUCCGAGUUAGCCAAAAACGGGAAAGCCGCGUUCAACGAGGUUGGGGAACAAGCUGCUUUCCGGUUUUUCGGCCGGGCUUAUUUUAACUCGAACCCUGAAGAAACAAAACUAGGGACGAGUGGGCCGACUUUAAUUACCUCGUGGGUGUUGUUCAAUCUUAGCCCGUUGGGCACUGCCGGACUUCCGUGGUUCUUGGAGGAUAUUCUUCUGCACACUUUCCGACUGCCGUCGUUCCUGAUAAAGAGUAAUUACAAUAAGCUUUAUAACUAUUUUGAGUCGGUUGCGACUCCGGUUAUCAAGCAAGCAGAAACAUUAGGGGUUCCGAAAGAUGAAGCUUUGCACAACAUCUUGUUCGCUGUUUGCUUCAAUACUUUUGGUGAGUAUGUUAUUAAAUACUGCACAUGGUUUUUAUAG